ACCAAAGUUGUCCUAAAUCUGGAAAUUAAGUGGAGAUGUGUGGCUUAUGUACAUGGUUGAGUUGGCUCAAAAUCUAAAGCUUUAGCUUUUGCACGAAGUUGACGCUAACCCAUGUAUAUCAAGUCCGCUUGUCAAGACUCCUCCAGCCCUAACAACGCCACCACUCGACUCACCAUCCCUUGAUCCACCAGCGGCUGAAAGGCCAUUGCUGGAGGUUUCUCAGUGAUUGCUCAUGCACUCCAUGUGCCGGCAAUGAAAUUGAAGAAACAAACUCUUCUAGUGUUGAUUUGAAUUUGUGUUCUGAGAAAUUUAGUACGCAUGCAGGAAUUUACAUCCGUUGUCAAAAAUUGAUGGUGAUCCAUUUUACAAUGUUUGGAGAAAGCUACAAGUGAAGAUCAAUGCUUGAUGAAAAUGGAUGCUGCAUUGUUCCCUUGUUACAGAUUCAUAAUGGUAUAUAAUCAUUUAGUGGAGAAGUGAGCUUUCUGGGUUUUAGUUUUCCUUUAAUAAAAAAAACUUGUCUGAUUUACAAAGUGUUUCUUUAUGCCUAUAUAAUUCAAUAAUAUUGGCUUAGUUAUAGGAUUAAGGAUUCAAAUCUGAUCCAUAUUCCAAGAAAAAUGUCAUUGACCAUUCGAAAUGCUAAAGCAAGAUAAUGAUGUGUUAGGAAAGCCAUUCUGUUUGUCUGUAUCCGCCAUUAGCAUUUGUUGUAUUCGAUAGUUUUAUUGUUAAUGCCCAUUUCAAAAUAUUUGUUGUGGAAUUAAGAGGCAGGUCAAUGGAACAAAAUCAGAUGGGUGAUGGCGGAGGAGAUCAACUGGUUGGAGAGGAUCAUGCGACUCUUUGGUGUCAUGUUAUGGCUUUGCUGGGGUACCUUGCCACUAUUGCAUUUGUUUUGCCUUGUAUUUAUCAGGACAAUGCGUUCGAUCUGCAAGAAUUGAGCCUUAAGGUUUCCACAUUCGACGUGGUCACUAUAAUGGGUGCGAUGAUUGCUCUUGUUUUCAGUCUUCUCUUUCGACUCCACAGGCUUCUCCUUGUGUGGCAUCGCUACUGGUUGAUUUAUGACUUGGGACAUGGGGAGUUUAUGGUGGAAAUUCUUCACAUUCUACGCACAAUUCUGCUUCUCAUCGUUUUAGUUCGCAGAGCACAUUUUUAUGAGGUGUUGAAUUCAGCUGAAUUACAUUGGUACGCCGAUCGUCUUAUGGCAAUAUCUGUCACAGGUCUUUUUGUGGUCAGCUAUUUCAUCAUGCGCCUUUUCAUUUACAAUCACUAGUCUCCAAGCAGAAUGAUAAACUGCAGAAAUGUGCAUAUAGAAUAGAACUCUCUUCUUAGUAUGGCUCGGACCUAAUUCUGCAUUACCCCUUUGUUGUUCUAGUUAGCCCAAGCACAUAUUUUACAGGGGAAGGAAAAAAAAAAAAAAAGGUGUACAUAUUACCAUGUUAUUGCUCUUCUGCUGCUGCUGCUUUAUUUAUUUAUUUAUUUAUUU